AUGGAUGAAACUCCUACACCAGUCUGUGUUAAUGAUAAUCAAAAAUUAAAUGGUGAAACAGAAAAUAAAACUCCACACAUGGAGCCUAUUUCGACAUCAAAAAGCGACGAAAAAAUAAAUAAUCAAAAUAUUAACUCAUCAAAAUCAGUAAAUUCUGAUAUACCUCAAAAUGAUUCGCACAAGAAAGCUGACAAUCAAGCAAUUACUAACGAAAAUCAUAACGAAAUAAAUAUUUAUAAUAAGCAAAAUAAACUUUCCAAAGAUACACCAAGCCGACAGUCACUUACACAGCUAACUUAG